GCGUUUCCUUCCUCCRUGUCACACCAGUCACUUCCUGCCAGUCCCACGCUCCUCUCCAGCUUUCCUGCCAUUCCCGGCUGUGCUGUCAGCGCUCCCGGGUCUCUGAGCACUCGGGACGGUGUCCCCGGCCCGGGGCACAACAGGAGGCAGGGGACGGACGGGACGCCGGCACAGAGCGCCCAGCCGGGCCCGCGUUCUCGGGCGCCCCGUCACGACCGGGCACUGUCCCGGCAGCACAGCGGCACCGGCGGCAUGGAGCCCACCAUGGCAGAACUCAUCCGCACCUCCACCGACGCCUACCUGUCUGGGAGCAGCAUGGCGCGGCGCCCGCGGAGCAGCCGGGCCUGGCACUUUGUCCUGAGCGGGGUCCGGCGUGAGGCCGACAGCCGGGCUGGCACACGGGGCUGGGGCUACGACUCCGACGGGCAGGGAUGCCCGGCAGUGACCAUGCCCUCUUCUCCCCAGCAGCACAGCGACUCUGAUUCAGAGCCAGAGUUCUCUUCCCUGUCUCCCUCCAUCCCAAGCGCCAUCCCUGUGACUGGAGAGUCCUACUGCAAYUGUGAGAACCAGAGUGAAGCUCCCUACUGCUCCAGCCUGCACGCCCUGCACCGCGUCCGUGACUGCCGCUGCGGCGAGGAGGAUGAGUAUUUUGACUGGGUGUGGGACGACCUGAACAAGUCGACGGCCACACUGCUGACAUGUGACAAUCGCAAGGUGAACUUCCACAUGGAAUACAGCUGUGGCACGGCUGCCAUCCGCGGCAACAAGGAGCUGGCAGACGGGCAGCACUUCUGGGAGAUCAAGAUGACCUCCCCAGUGUAUGGCACCGACAUGAUGGUGGGAAUUGGGACAUCAGAUGUGAACCUGGACAAGUACCGGCACACCUUCUGCAGCCUGCUGGGCAAGGAUGAGGACAGCUGGGGACUCUCCUACACAGGACUGCUGCAUCACAAAGGUGACAAAACAAACUUCUCCUCGAGGUUUGGCCAAGGCUCCAUUAUYGGGGUGCAUUUGGACACGUGGCACGGGACACUCACAUUCUUCAAGAACCGCAAGUGCAUAGGGGUGGCAGCCACCAAGCUGCAGAACAAGAAGUUUUACCCCAUGGUGUGCUCAACAGCAGCCAAGAGCAGCAUGAAGGUGAUCCGCUCGUGUGCCAGCUGCACGUCAUUGCAGUACCUGUGCUGCUUCCGCCUGCGCCAGCUCCUUCCCAACUAUGUGGACACGCUGGAGGUGCUGCCCCUGCCCCCUGGACUCAAGCAGGUGCUGCACAACAAACUGGGCUGGGUCUUGAGCAUGAACUAUAGCACGUCAAAGCCUUCCUCCUCCUCGUCUUCGGGCAGCGACUCGGACAGCUCGUGCAGCUCGGAUGCAGAGGCCUGCCAAAGGAAGAGGUGCAGGAGGACAUAAUGGCUCUGCACGCCGGGUGAGUGGAGGUUUAUUGUGUUGUCUGCAAGGGCCAACCUCUUCCUUCAUGGGGACAUCCAUUUGUAUUCRGUGGCAAAGAUUUCUCCAGUGCUGUGGAAAUCUUUGGCCUCGACAUCCAUCACAGGCAUUUGGAAGAGUUGUUGGCUCCAAGAGGUGCCAGUUCUGACACAAGAAAAUUGUGGUGAAGUAUCUGAGUAUCUUCACCUCCUGACUUGCUAUCAAAGCCAGCACCUCUUCCUGAAGGAUCUCUCUUCUCCCUGUUGGCACAGACAACRUUUAAGAAAUUGGACUUGAUGACAGGAGUUGGACUUGACAAUCUUCAUGGCUCCCUUCCAACUCAGGAUAUUCUGUGAUGAUUGAGGUGGCCUCCUGGUUGGAGUGUACUGGAUUCCAGUCAAAUAACGGACCUGACUCAUCAAGACACGAUCCCAGGCUAGUCCUCUCCCUCACUGUGUGUGUAGGUUUGGUGUCUGCCAUGACCUCGUCCCGCUGCUGUGGGGCACAACGGAGCAGCAGCUGUAGGGAAAGGAGCCCCACAGCCCCACUGCUGGGAGCAGGUACAAGAGCUGAGCUGUGGCUGGUCUUCCUCGRGCCCCUGGGGACUUYUAAUUGCUCUGCAUGUUGGUUCCUGCUGCUUCUCCUCUGUCCAAAACUGUGUUAAACUGUAAUAAUAAAAGUAGAAGCUGUCUGUUGUUCCUCUUGGGGCCCCUGAAGGCAGGAGGCUGCAGGUGCUUGUCAAAAAUAGUCUGGCCAGCAGGGUGAAGGGGAGCUUUUGGGUGCAGCAGUUGUGUGCCAGAACUGGAGGAGGUGAAGACAGCAGAGAUGCCCUCAUCUGCAGGGCUCUUG